GUUUGGAAGAGGUAUAAUAUGGGACCUAAAAAAAACAAAAGAAAUAAAACACCAGUACAAGGUGAAAAUACACAGGAGAUUGGUUACCAAGGUGCAGUGGGUAACGAGAAAAAAGAGAUGAAAAAUUGUCCACAAGUCAUCCAUGGAGAUGGUGAUGAAAACAAUGGUGACAAGACAUAUUUUAACCAAAAACAGAAAAGGAACAAAAAUGGUUCAACAGAACAAAGCGAUUAUUGUACUAAUGAUGCUGUAAAUUCAUCUGUUAAAACCACAGAGAAUGUCAAAAACACCCAGAAAACGACCGAGGUAGCGAAUGCCUUGGGCAAUUCUACAAGAAGCACAGCUGAUUUCAAAGUUAGAUCAUUUACAAAAACUCCUGAUGAAAACACAUGCAGACCGCAUGGAAGAACUAGUAAUGGGGACACUGACAAUCAUUCUGAGGGAAUUGUUGAUAAAAGUCCAGGCAAAAAAACUGACAAUCCUGAUGAAACGAAUAAUUCGAUGGAUUGCCAUUCUGUGGAAGGAAGUAAAACUGAACGUACUGACAAGGGAGAUAAGAAAGGAAGUGGUACAAAAUGCAACGAAGAACCCAACGUUUAUGAAAAUCAAAAGAGUUUUGAAAAAAGAGACGAACCGAUCCGAACACAAAAUGAAGCAGAGAGCCGUAAAAAACUCGAAGUUUCUGAAAAUAAAAUUUCGAUUCUGGAUAAAAGAGAUGAACAGACUCAAACACAAAAUGAAUCAGAGUUCCCUGCAAACAUAAAAGUUUCUGAGAAUGAAAUUUCAAUUUCUGAUACUAGUAAAAGAGAUGAUCAGACUCAAACACAAAAUGAAUCAGAGUUCCCUGCAAACAUAAAAGUUUCUGAGAAUGAAAUUUCAAUUUCUGAUACUAGUAAAAGAGAUGAACAGACUCAAACACAAGAUGUACAGAUAAAGAACAAAACAGUUACAAUUGUGUUGGUUCUCUAUGGUCUUUUGAUUCUUUUAUUGUUAUAUUUGGUGCUGAAUGCAUCUUUUUCAUCGAUCCAUGUACCAAGAACAACAGAUGAAGCAUUAAAGAAAAUUUCUGAUAUCAUUGAGGAGUUUGGACCCCUAAAACUAGAAAAUUCAAAACUCGACAGUAAAAUUGACAAUCUAGAAAAAGAAGUACAGAAAAAGAAAGAUGAGAUUAGCAGACUGUAUGCAAAAAUGGUAGACCUUCAAAAAAUGGUGGAUAACCUGAGAGAAAAACUUCCCUUCCUGGCCGGGAAGAUGAAGUGGAUGGAGCAGGAGCAGACAGAGCAGGGUAACUAUAUCCUGCUAUUUCUGGUUAUAUUUUUGCUAAUAUUCCUUGGAAUAACUUAUCUAGUCAUGCGUCGCAAAGAGACACAACCCAUUUUAUCAGGACAAGUCCAAAGCUCUGUUAAGUUCCAUAGCAAAGUGGGUGACAGAACGCAUACUUCUGUACUCGAUCAGAUACAUCCGAAAAAUUUAAACAAAAAAAUUGGAAUUGUUAGCUUCAACACUAAGACACAAAAAGUCCACAAGGAAAUGCUGCAGCGUGCUUUGAAUUCAACUGAUACAAAUACUGAGAUUGUUGCGGUUGUUGUAGACAGAGCAGAUAAGAUUCUGACGAUACAUCCUUCAUGUUUAAUGUUUAUUUUUGUGGAUAGAAAUGAUCGAAAUAUCAUUCUUGAAGACCCAGACUCGGAGAUUGGUGACCUUAGGCGACUCACAACACAAGGUGUUAUGAAGAUGGGAUGUACCGUGGUGGUAGUCUAUGUUAAUGACAGAGAAUCUCGGGAUUUACAUGGGCGUGACUUAUAUAAUCCCUGCCUCCAGUCUGUCAAAAGACACCCAGUAUUAAAGGAAUUACAGGCAGAGGGGCGUGUCUUCUCUGUGAUGGACAAUUUCAGUCAAAAUCAAAAUAAACAGAUUGAUCAACUGCUGAAGAAAUGCGGAUUGUAAUGUGUUUAAGAUGGAAUGAUAAAUAAAAACUAUAAAUUUGUCA